AUGCUGUCGGAGGCCUCAAAAAAAGAAGAGACGCAUCCCGGAGAAACUUCGUACCUUGCGCUCCUCGUAAGACGCUACUCCCCUUUCUCAUCGGAAAUGGAUUCUGAACAGUCUGAGAAGAAGGAAGUCGCCGUUUCCCCCCCAGUGUCACUGACCCCUGUGUCUGAUUCCAAUGACAAACUCGACUUGCCAACCGUCACCCAGAAUGUCGAGGUCCAGAAAUUGGUCACCAGCUCUCCACAAGAUGUUGAUCCUAGAAGUCCUGCACCUCGCACGCCUCGACAGCUUCGAGUUUCUCGCAUCUCAUACACUUCCCUCUGUUUCAUCCUCUUUCUCGGAGGGUGGAAUGAUGGCGCUACCGGUACUCUCUUGCCUCGCAUACGCGAAGUUUAUGAGGACAGCUAUAUACUCGUCUCCUUGAUUUUUGUUUCCGCUUGCUUUGGAUUCCUGGCAGGAUCAGUCAUCAACCUGCACCUAACGCCGUGGUUGGGGUUUGGAAAGAGCCUUUUCUUUGGAUCGCUACUGCAAGUGGUAGCGUACGCCAUUCAGGCCGCCGCCCCGCCGUAUCCUUUGUUCGUGAUCUGUUAUGCUAUCAGUGGCUGUGGAUUUGCCAUUCAAGAUGCGCACGCAAACGGUUUUGUCGCCCAGAUGAAGCAACGCGGUGAAGCUGCAAAGAUGGGGGGGCUACACGCAUGCUACGGAUUAGGCUUGUUCAUUUCGCCUCUCGUGUCGACGCAAUUUGCACAAAUACCGCGGUGGUCGUUCCACUUCCUGGUCUCCUUGGGACUGGCACUCAUGAGCACCACCGCUCUUCUCUGCAUCUUCAAGCUCAGAUCGCUUGAUGUUUGUCUUGUAGCUGCCGGAGAAACGCCUCCAGAGAAAUCAUCCAGUGAAAGAAGUCUGUUCGGCCAAGUCAUGAGGAGCAAGGAAGCGCACCUUCUUGCCGUGUUUGUCAUCGCCCACCUUGGAGUCGUCGUGACAAUAUCUGGUUGGAUUGUGACCUUCAUCAUUGAAGUUCGCGGUGGUGGUCCAACGUCGGGAUAUAUUUCUGCUGGUGUUUCGGCGGGAUCUAUGCUUGGGCGGAUUGCCCUGUUGUGGAUCAACAAGAAGGUCGGUGAAAGGAAUGUCAUUUUCCUCUACUCGGCCAUCGUAAUCGCAAUGGAAUUCGUCAUUUGGUUCGUGCCAUCGCUCAUCGGAAACGCGGUCGCAGUUUGCUUCGCCGGGCUCUGUCUGGGACCUAUGUACCCGCUCGCUGUCAACCAGGCAAAACGUAUCCUUCCAGGACAUAUGCUCACUGGGGUCAUUGGGUGGAUGGCAGGCUUCGGCCAGACCGGAAGUGCUCUCUUGCCGUUCAUGACGGGUGCGAUUGCGUCGAAACACGGAUUGCAAAGUAUGCCGCCGUUGUUGGUUGGGAUGACGGUCCUCAUGAUGGGAAUAUGGGCUUUGGUACCCGCUACUCCUCGACGAAGCGGAUGA